AUGUCCUUUUCAAAGUUUAAUUUUGCAAAGCAAGCCAACGCCAUACAUCACCAGAAACACGGGAAUGCCCCGAAAAAGUACCUCCUGUUUGGCGUGCAAAGCAUCCAAAACUCGGCAGAAGCCGCCUCUGCCUUCCUAGGGGUUGCAAAUCAGUCAAAUCUGCGGCCACUACCGUCCAUCGAGGACAAACAACUUCAAAUCAGAAUCGAUUCUCUCAUCACUCGAGAAGCCUCGCGAAAAGUCUUUUACCAUUUCAUGGAUCAUUUUGUCCCCAAAUGCCCAGUGGUACUAUUUCCUACAGGAACGACUAUCGAAACUCUAGGCGAGGCAAAGCCGGUCCUUCUUCUAGCCAUCCUCAGCGUUGCCUCAGCUGGGUUCUGCCCUAUUGCUCAGCAAAACGCUUUGAUUCUGGAAACAAAACGUGUCCUCGCCGACCGUGCUUUUGUUCGUGGAGAGAAGUCCUUGGAGCUUGUCCAGGCGCUCCAGAUUUCGACCCUAUGGUUCAGGGCUCCAGAAAGCUUCCAGCAGGUCAACUUCAACCAGCUAGCCCGUGUCAUGAUCACGAUGGCUGUUGACUUAGAGCUAGAGAAUGCCGACUUCUCCCCUGCUGCGACCACUGAAACAGCUUGGGAGCGCGCCGAGCGACAACGGGCGUGGCUCACAUGCUUCAUUAUUUCAGAGAGCAUUUCUCUCAUUUUAAGACAACCAAAAAUGCUUAGCUGGUCCUCAAAUAUGGAAGAGUUAAUGACGAGCCUGCAAAGAGCUCAAGUAUCGCCCUCGGACGAAUUCUUCUGCGAGCUUGUCAGAUUAGAAUUGGCCUAUUACACAAUAGACCAACGCCUAAUCCUCAGUAGCCGGCAGCGACCAACUUCUGCGCAUAAUACUAGUCCUCGUGAUGCAGCUGAGCGUACACCGCCGCGAACGAUUGACAGGGAAAGCUGCACUUUCAAUGAGCUGCAAAGAGCUCUUAUUGACUUCGGCCAAUCUGUGGCUUUGCUAUACGCACGCGAGCCUGCAAUGCACGUCAAUCACAACAUCAGUGAAUUUGCUGCUCCCUUCGCCUUGAAAUCCCUCAAAGCUUGCACUUUUAUACACGCGCAAACGAGUUCUGCCGAUCUUGUCCUAUUGCAAGAAACAAUGACUGCGUCGCACGCCCUACUAAACUGUUUUCUUGGAUUAUCUUUGGUCGAUAUGCUUGCUCUUCCACCACACAUCUACGGUGGGCGCAUCAUAUACUCACUCAUCGUGUUAUGUAAGCUUUACAAAACAAUAAAAAAAUCGACAGUCGACACGUCUGCGGUCCUGCCAUUUGAAGACAUUCGCUUGGAGGAGCACUUGGAGCGUCUUGGUGCUGUUGCAAAGGACCUGAUGAUACGAGAUGAGCGAAAUUGCCUCAGCAGGUCGUUUCUCAUCGUCGAGGAGCUGAAAAAGUGGCGAUUUGAGGAAAGCAAGUCUACGCAGUCGCGUCCAAGCAUGCGAAGCAACUCUGGCUUUAGCAACAGCGAUUAUGACCAGCAAGCGCCUCUCAUUGGGCAGCCAUACAGUGAUCCGGGUUCGGUGACCAAAGAUCAAAAUGCUGCAAUCGCAGAGCAGUCUGCCAUUCAACUUUUGUGCUCUGAGGGGAGCGACCCCUUGUUUUGGGACACCGAACUCAAUUGCGACUGGUUUUUCGACGAUGCGGUCAAUACAGUCGAUUUCGACAUGCCGCAUUGA